AUUUUCACCGAUGUAACCUUAAAUGUGUAGGAAAGAAACACGUGUGCCUGCGGUGCUUGCAAAAAUGAAUAUUGUCAAGUCAAUUUUAGAAAACGAACAAGGAAAAGAGGAUCCAAGUAAAUCUACAACAGUGCACAAAGAUGUGGAGCUCGAUAUCGAUCUAGGAACUCUACUUGCGUCCGAUUAUAAUACUUUGGAUGUGAAAACUCUCAAGUCGAAACCAGAUUCAUACUUGAAAAGUUUGACCAGAGAUAAUGCGCAACUAUUAAUCAAUGAUAUAUGGGGAUUGCCAGUAGAACGGGUAGAUGAGGCUAUAGUGGCUAUACUGCCAGAGCCUAAAUAUAUAUUACCACGUUCACGUGUUAUUCCAAAACCGAAAUCUUUAACAAAGUGGCAACAGUUUGCUAAAGAAAAGGGAAUACAGACCAAGAAAAAGGGCAGAUCCAAACUACAAUGGGAUGAGGAAUUAAAGAAAUGGAUUCCUAGAUAUGGCUAUAAACGAGCAAAGGCUCAAGAGCAAAAAGAAUGGCUGGUAGAAGUCAACAAUGCUGCUAAUCCAGUUGAAGAUCCAUUCACCAAAAUUAAACAGAUGAAAGAGGAAAGGCAGUCCAAGAAUGAAUUGCAGAGGCUUCGAAACAUAGCUAGAUCUAAAAAUAUAAAAUUACCAAGAGUCGGUCUGCCUACUAAAGACCACUUCCCGAAUUCUCAACAACUUUCUGAAGCUCUAACUGUAGCGCGUACAUCAACUGCAUCUGUUGGAAAAUUCCAAUCAAGAUUGCCAAAAGAAAAGGAUGCGAAGGGAAUUGCCAAAGAGGUACCAGGAAUGAAGAGAAAGAGAAAAGCACCUCCAUUAAAUGCAAUUGAAGAGAAACGUCAAAACAAAAAUCUAAUGGAUAAUAUUUUGAAAAGCAGCACAAAAAUUCUUCGUGAUGAUUACUCAACAGGAACCACAGAAAUAAAGCAAUCUAAAAAAGAUAGUAAAAAGAAGAAGACAGGUGCAUUAAAACGCAGUAAAACUGCUAGAAAACCGAAGGGAGGAAAGGGUAAACGUGAUUUACACCAGAAAGUUGGCGGUAGGAAGCGAAGAUAAAUUAAAAUGUUUGUAAUAACAUAAAUUGUGUAUAUCAUUGAUAAAAAAUUUUAAUAAAA